UGUUUGCGUAGUCGUGCCCGUGCUAAACAUUCACUCGAAUCGAGUUUUCGUAUUCCUUCGUAUUUUUUGUUCAUAUCUUUCGCUCACGCACAGUAAGCCACGGGCGAGUUGCUUUAGUCAAGAGUUGCUCCUUCGCGCGAAGGUCCCCGCUUGGAUCCAUCUACUCAAGAGAAAGGAAAGUUGUGAAAGUCUAGGGUGAAUUGGCGCGUGAUGGCCGAAAACUCCGCCUCGGACGACGAAAAUGCCGGAGCUGUCGUCACCAACGGAGUCAGUGCUCAAGUCGCUCGUCCGAAGCGGCUAUUCACUAGAGAACUGUGCUAUAUGAUGAUUGGUCUCGGAGAUGAAAGAGAACCCUACGAAGAGACAGUGAACCUCCUCUCGGAACUGGUCAUCGAAUUCAUCACAGAUAUCUGCCACAAAGCACUGAAGAUAGGCCACCCCGACAGAAUCCAGAUCGAGGACAUAAUCUUCCUCGUGCGCAAGGACCCUCGGAAAUAUGCGAGGAUCAAAGACCUCUUGACCAUGAGUGAAAAUCUCAAGAAAGCGCGUAAGGCUUUCGAUGAAGUGAAAUAUGCCGUGUGAUGCGCACCGAUCAAUUGUGACGAGAGCUCGCAAAGCUGUAUCAUUUUUAAAAAUCGUAGGACCGGAGUAAAUGAACUCGUAUGUUUUUU